AUGAUUUGCAGAAGUUGUCGGACGACCAUGUUGUCUCGACUCAACCAGACACAUGCCGUCUCAUGGACCACAUCAACAGCUGCGCGACAAAUGCCAGUCGCACUUCGCACCCAAUUCCGAAGCUACAGCGAUAAAGCCGCCCAUCCCUCCGUGGCUGCACCUUCUCCUUCUCCCGCGCCUCGCCAGCCAACCGCCGGUGGUGAUACCACUCCUUCCGCCAUCUCCUCCGCUACCCCAGGCGUCUCCCAGCCUCUGAGCACCCCAGAGGGCGUUCACACCGACGCAAAUCCCACCGCCCCUGCCAAGCCUGUCGUUGAGCGCCCACCUAGCAGCUGUCCCGCUGGCACGAAGAUGAACGGCCUGAACUAUUUCAAGAACAAGCCGGAUAUCGUUGCGAAGGAAGACUCAGAGUACCCGGACUGGUUGUGGGAUCUGCUCGGUGAUGCAAGCAAGCAAUCCAAGAAGGACAAGGGCGGCGUCGACCCUAGCACCCUCAACAAAAAGCAACGGAAACGCUACGAGAAGAAGUUGGCCGCUCGCACUGGGCCACUUGCCCAGAAGAUCCCUGCGCAUCACCAAUCGUUCGAUAUCACGCCCGCCUCUUACAACCGUGAGGCUCCCUCCGAGGAUACCUUCGCCGAUGCUGCGAGCGGCCUGGACCAGCGACAUGAGGUGACGAAGAGCGCUCGGGAAGCGCGACGAAAGGCUAUCAAGGAAUCCAACUUCCUUCGUGGCUUGUAA